AUGGUUACCAAGGACCCACCGGCAACCCCUUUGUGGCCGACCAGACCUCAUACGUCAGCAUCAGUCUCGGCAGUGCUCCUGCUGUCAGUCAUCACAGUUCCUCUCACCGUGAACGCCUUUCAUACCACCAUUAACCUACCUACCACACACAGCCCUCUUACCAUCCACAACCAUCAUACCAUCCGGCUCCCGCUUACACAGCCUUCAUAUGAGCAUGAACACGAGCUUGCUGUGCCAGAAUGUGCUACCAACACAACCAAACCAAGCACCGAGUCCGAACUCAACACCGAGCUGUCUGUCGACCGACCAAACAACAUGGAUGAGGAAACUUACUUGUGCCCAUCAGAGACCGCUCACAUCAGGCCCCUUCGUGCCCAGAACACCGAGGGAAAAUGGCGUGUCGUUGUAAACAAUAUCGAUGUCCAUUAUAAGACUCUCAUUCAGACUACACGCAUCGAAGAAUGUCUCAUUUCCGCCGAUGUAUGUCUUCUGAUGCCUGUCUGA